AUGAGCUCAUUAGAGUGCCCUCUUCCUCCCACCCUUCCCCUCACUAAGUGCUCACCUUCCUGUGCGCCCAUUCACCUCAUCUUCCUGUGCGCUCAUUCACCUCACCUUCCUGUGCGCCCAUUCACCUCACCUUCCUGUGCGCCCAUUCACCUCACCUUCCUGUGCGCCCAUUCACCUCACCUUCCUGUGCGCCCAUUCACCUCACCUUCCUGUGCGCCCAUUCACCUCACCUUCCUGUGCGCCCAUUCACCUCACCUUCCUGUGCGCCCAUUCACCUCACCUUCCUGUGCGCCCAUUCACCUCACCUUCCUGUGCGCCCAUUCACCUCACCUUCCUGUGCGCCCAUUCACCUCACCUUCCUGUGCGCCCAUUCACCUCACCUUCCUGUGCGCCCAUUCACCUCACCUUCCUGUGCGCCCAUUCACCUCACCUUCCUGUGCGCCCAUUCACCUCACCUUCCUGUGCGCCCAUUCACCUCACCUUCCUGUGCGCCCAUUCACCUCACCUUCCUGUGCGCCCAUUCACCUCACCUUCCUGUGCGCCCAUUCACCUCACCUUCCUGUGCGCCCAUUCACCUCACCUUCCUGUGCGCCCAUUCAUCUCACCUUCCUGUGCGUCCAUUCACCUCACCUUCCUGUGCGCCCAUUCACCUCACCUUCCUGUGCGCCCAUUCACCUCACCUUCCUGUGCGCCCAUUCACCUCACCUUCCUGUGCGCCCAUUCACCUCACCUUCCUGUGCGCCCAUUCACCUCACCUUCCUGUGCGCCCAUUCACCUCACCUUCCUGUGCGCCCAUUCACCUCACCUUCCUGUGCGCCCAUUCACCUCACCUUCCUGUGCGCCCAUUCACCUCACCUUCCUGUGCGCCCAUUCACCUCACCUUCCUGUGCGCCCAUUCACCUCACCUUCCUGUGCGCCCAUUCACCUCACCUUCCUGUGCGCCCAUUCACCUCACCUUCCUGUGCGCCCAUUCACCUCACGCUCCUGUGCGCCCAUUCACCUCACGCUCCUGUGCGCCCAUUCACCUCACGCUCCUGUGCGCCCAUUCACCUCACGCUCCUGUGCGCCCAUUCACCUCACCUUCCUGUGCGCCCAUUCACCUCACCUUCCUGUGCGCCCAUUCACCUCACCUUCCUGUGCGCCCAUUCACCUCACCUUCCUGUGCGCCCAUUCACCUCACCUUCCUGUGCGCCCAUUCACCUCACCUUCCUGUGCGCCCAUUCACCUCACCUUCCUGUGCGCCCAUUCACCUCACGCUCCUGUGCGCCCAUUCACCUCACGCUCCUGUGCGCCCAUUCACCUCACGCUCCUGUGCGCCCAUUCACCUCACGCUCCUGUGCGCCCAUUCACCUCACCUUCCUGUGCGCCCAUUCACCUCACCUUCCUGUGCGCCCAUUCACCUCACCUUCCUGUGCGCCCAUUCACCUCACCUUCCUGUGCGCCCAUUCACCUCACCUUCCUGUGCGCCCAUUCACCUCACCUUCCUGUGCGCCCAUUCACCUCACCUUCCUGUGCGCCCAUUCACCUCACCUUCCUGUGCGCCCAUUCACCUCACCUUCCUGUGCGCCCAUUCACCUCACCUUCCUGUGCGCCCAUUCACCUCACCUUCCUGUGCGCCCAUUCACCUCACCUUCCUGUGCGCCCAUUCACCUCACCUUCCUGUGCGCCCAUUCACCUCACCUUCCUGUGCGCCCAUUCACCUCACCUUCCUGUGCGCCCAUUCACCUCACCUUCCUGUGCGCCCAUUCACCUCACCUUCCUGUGCGCCCAUUCACCUCACCUUCCUGUGCGCCCAUUCACCUCACCUUCCUGUGCGCCCAUUCACCUCACCUUCCUGUGCGCCCAUUCACCUCACCUUCCUGUGCGCCCAUUCACCUCACCUUCCUGUGCGCCCAUUCACCUCACCUUCCUGUGCGCCCAUUCACCUCACCUUCCUGUGCGCCCAAUCACCUCACCUUCCUGUGCGCCCAUUCACCUCACCUUCCUGUGCGCCCAUUCACCUCACCUUCCUGUGCGCCCAUUCACCUCACCUUCCUGUGCGCCCAUUCACCUCACCUUCCUGUGCGCCCAUUCACCUCACCUUCCUGUGCGCCCAUUCACCUCACCUUCCUGUGCGCCCAUUCACCUCACCUUCCUGUGCGCCCAUUCACCUCACCUUCCUGUGCGCCCAUUCACCUCACCUUCCUGUGCGCCCAUUCACCUCACCUUCCUGUGCGCCCAUUCACCUCACCUUCCUGUGCGCCCAUUCACCUCACCUUCCUGUGCGCCCAUUCACCUCACCUUCCUGUGCGCCCAUUCACCUCACCUUCCUGUGCGCCCAUUCACCUCACCUUCCUAUGCGCCCAUUCACCUCACCUUCCUGUGCGCCCAUUCACCUCACCUUCCUGUGCGCCCAUUCACCUCACCUUCCUGUGCGCCCAUUCACCUCACCUUCCUGUGCGCCCAUUCACCUCACCUUCCUGUGCGCCCAUUCACCUCACCUUCCUGUGCGCCCAUUCACCUCACCUUCCUGUGCGCCCAUUCACCUCACCUUCCUGUGCGCCCAUUCACCUCACCUUCCUGUGCGCCCAUUCACCUCACCUUCCUGUGCGCCCAUUCACCUCACCUUCCUGUGCGCCCAUUCACCUCACCUUCCUGUGCGCCCAUUCACCUCACCUUCCUGUGCGCCCAUUCACCUCACCUUCCUGUGCGCCCAUUCACCUCACCUUCCUGUGCGCCCAUUCACCUCACCUUCCUGUGCGCCCAUUCACCUCACCUUCCUGUGCGCCCAUUCACCUCACCUUCCUGUGCGCCCAUUCACCUCACCUUCCUGUGCGCCCAUUCACCUCACGCUCCUGUGCGCCCAUUCACCUCACGCUCCUGUGCGCCCAUUCACCUCACGCUCCUGUGCGCCCAUUCACCUCACGCUCCUGUGCGCCCAUUCACCUCACGCUCCUGUGCGCCCAUUCACCUCACGCUCCUGUGCGCCCAUUCACCUCACCUUCCUGUGCGCCCAUUCACCUCACCUUCCUGUGCGCCCAUUCACCUCACCUUCCUGUGCGCCCAUUCACCUCACCUUCCUGUGCGCCCAUUCACCUCACCUUCCUGUGCGCCCAUUCACCUCACCUUCCUGUGCGCCCAUUCACCUCACCUUCCUGUGCGCCCAUUCACCUCACCUUCCUGUGCGCCCAUUCACCUCACCUUCCUGUGCGCCCAUUCACCUCACCUUCCUGUGCGCCCAUUCACCUCACCUUCCUGUGCGCCCAUUCACCUCACCUUCCUGUGCGCCCAUUCACCUCACCUUCCUGUGCGCCCAUUCACCUCACCUUCCUGUGCGCCCAUUCACCUCACCUUCCUGUGCGCCCAUUCACCUCACCUUCCUGUGCGCCCAUUCACCUCACCUUCCUGUGCGCCCAUUCACCUCACCUUCCUGUGCGCCCAUUCACCUCACCUUCCUGUGCGCCCAUUCACCUCACCUUCCUGUGCGCCCAUUCACCUCACCUUCCUGUGCGCCCAUUCACCUCACCUUCCUCUUAG